AUGGGAAGACUGAAGUCAAGAACGUCUUACAGCAUCAGAUUUUCUCUGCUUCAGAAAGAAAGGAUCUUUAGAAUUGGUGACAUGGGACUAAAGCAGUUUCUUGAUGGUCCUGCAAGCACAAAGAUAAGAGAGCUAAAUUUAAGUAACUGUAUCCACCUGGGUGAUGCCUCUAUUGCAAAACUAUCAGAGUGCUGCUCUAAUUUAAACUACUUGAGUUUACGAAAUUGUGAACAUCUGACUGACCUAGGAGUUGAAUUUAUUGUAAACAUCUUUUCUUUGGUAUCAGUAGAUCUCUCUGGAACAGACAUCUCUAAUGAGGGUUUGAUGACACUGUCCAGGCAUAAAAAAUUAAAGGAACUUUCUCUAUCUGAGUGUGAUAAAAUCACCGAUAUUGGAAUUCAGGCAUUCUGCAAAGGCUCACUGAUCUUGGAACAUCUGGAUGUCUCUUAUUGCCCCCAGCUGUCAGAUGAGAUUAUUAAAGCACUGGCCAUUUACUGUAUUAAUCUCACAUCUCUCAGCAUUGCUUGCUGUCCAAAGAUUACUGACUCAGCAUUGGAGAUGUUAUCGGCAAAAUGCUAUUACCUGCACAUUUUGGAUGUUUCCGGUUGUAUCCUGCUUACUGACCAAAUGCUGGUGAACCUUCAGAUGGGCUGCAAACAACUCCGGAUCCUAAAGAUGCUAUACUGCAGACUUAUUUCCAAGGAAGCAGCUAAGAGAAUGUCAUCUAUAGUUCAGCAGCAGGCAUAUAGUGCUACUGACCCUCCACUUUGGUUUGGCUAUGAUUGCGAAGGCAAGCCUCUUCCAGAGCAACAAGAUAUAACACAACUUAAAAAUUCAGAAUCGAUGGCGAAAGAGUCAACAUACAGUAGUGAAGAGGAAGCAGUAUGACCUUCAACCUCAAGCAGGAAGAACAAAAAAUGUAGAACUUGGCAACUUCAUUUCGUCCAAGUAUUUUUA